AUGCGGAAAUAUCAGGAUCUACGGGAGCCGUCGUACGACACCUCAUCCCUUCAUGAGAGCUCAGCGUCCAUCGGGGUGUCCGAGUACACAAAAUCUCGCGCAACGUCCAUGGAGAACCUGUCGAGGGUGAUGGACGCCACAAAUAGCUCGAGAGCCUCCGGCUCCGGGAACAGUAGCGUAUCAAAUAUCUCCAUCGAACCGAUUACGCUCGCGAACUCGAUCGAUAACACCAGGGCACUGCUCAAGAAGAAAUCCCUUGUUCAGAUCAUCAACAAUUACAUCAAGGCUGGCAUCGAGGAAGGCAAAAAGCAAGCCAAGAAGUACAUCCGCAAGGCGUUGUCGUUCGGCGUGAGGUCCGGUUACUUGAUCCCGGCAGAUCCGAAGGGUCAAGUGAUCCGCGUGUCGCCAACGCUGGUGGAAUCCAGGAGCAGCGACCCAGAGUCACGGAAGCGACGGCGUAGGGCCCGUCAAGGCAACGUGGAUCCGUCGUUCAUCGAGCGGAAGGAACGUCGACGGUUGACCCCACCGUUGGCUGUCAGGCGGAAACCACGACGCGGCCAGUCGUCGGACCGGCUUGUUCCACGGAAACGUAGAAAGACGUCCGCGUCGAGGAAUCCCAAGUCGGACUUGAAUCUGACCAACCCAAACACGAAGAAGAAGGACGCGGAGACUACUCGACGGGAGAGGAACUCGGCGGGGAGCAAGAAGAGGAAAGAGCCCGUGAGAAGGAAAAAUCGAGUAGCGUGUUCGCAGCCCUCACUGCCGCCCAAAAGGAAAAGAAAACAGCCUUCUAGGCGCAACGACGAGGUGGUCGAAAGUCGACAGGAUCGCAAAAAUCGGACGACCAGGUCCUCGUACGUAGACAAGGACGAGAAGGAUAAUUUCGCGGAGACGAAGCAGAAUCGGACCGACGACGACGACGACAGCACAUACAGCGACAUCGAGCUGGAUCAGAAGACCGUGACAGAACGACGGAACUCGACAUCGAGCGUGGAGAUCGAGACGCAGGAGGGGAACGAAAACCCUGGAGAUCCUAACAGAGAAGUCGAAGAGCUGCCACAGUUACCGAAUAACGACGAGCAGGAGAGGAACGAAACCGGAGAUGUACAUUAG